UAUUUGCAGUGUACAUCACAACUUUCACACUACGCAAUAUUGUUGUUUAACGUUUAUUGUUUCGUAUUGUUUGUGGAAUUUUAAACGUGUACCGUUACCUGCAAUUCAUACCUAUACAAUGGCAGACAUUGUGAGUUAUGAAUUAUUUUUUAUCGGAUGAAUUGAUACAUUAUUCAAUCUUUAGGAUUACGACGUCGACUUCACGACUUCAUCUGAAGAAGACGCAAUAGAGGCAGUAGCAAGCAGUGAAUCGGAAGAUGGCCCUAUUGACAUGAAUAUAAAGCUUAUAGAAGCAGUUCAGGGCCAUCCAAAUCUGUACGAUCUUGCGAACGAAACAUACCACGACAAGAAUGCGAGGGUGAAUAGCUGGCGUGAGAUAGCGUCAGAGCUACUCGCCUUGGAUCCGACGAAAGACGAGUCGCAUAAUACUCCUUCACUGUCUAAAGCUUUACAAGCCAAAUGGAAGGGUUUGCGGUCGUCUUACGCGCGGGCACGUCGUGAAAAUAAAGGGCGAAUUGGACAAGCAGCCCAAACUAAAAGAGUAUAUAAAUAUGCACAUAAACUUGGAUUUUUGGAUUUGAUUUCCAAAAAAACGAAUACUCUAAACACACCGAAUGUCACGCAAAAUGAGUCUACUGAGCAUGUUGCUAGCUGCUCUGGAACAUCAUCGAAAAAACGGAAAACAGACGAAGACCCAGCAACGUUGGCGAUUUUAAACUACCUUGAGAAGAAACAGGAAAAUGAAGUCGACGAACUGGAUCUUUUCUUCCAGCAAAUGGCUGUAACGGUUAGAAAAUUACCACCGCGGAAAGUUGUUGAUGUGAAGCGAGCAAUUUUCAAUUUAGUAGUCGAUGCUGAGGAAGCCUCCCUGGAACCAUAACAAAUUUAAAAAUGUGAAAUAAUAUAUGUGUCAUGUUGUCUCGAAAUUGCUUUUUAUCUGAUGUCGCACAGCAAAUCAAAAUUUAUAUUUGCAGAUUUCAUUCCGAUUUAUCUUCAUGCUAGCCUUGUUCAGACUAGAGACAUCAGUGCAUAGGUUUUGCCAGCUAGCCCGUUCUGCAGAUCGAAGGCAUUUCUUAUGUGCACUCUGUAACCGUUGGUUACACCGUUUAUUGUUGGCUUCGCCACAAUGUGAUAAUACUCGUGAUUUGCUCAGUCCUACCUAUCCUAAAUCCUUCCCUGAAUAUGAUGUCAAGCUGUGUGAGUGAUAGCCCGCCAAGUCUGACGUUUCGUCUGGGACGGAGGGGUCACUCACGCAGAACCGCUCACAGAUACACGUUAGGGAUACCGGUCACAACGGUUUGAGCGAAAGGUGUCGCGCAACAAACCAUCCACGGAUGUUGCAGCCAGUGGAAGGGUUGCCAAUUCUA